UACGAAACAGUUCGCAACGAGGUUUGUCCUUCGUCCAGCAGCGUCUUAGUUGAUUUAACGACGCUCACACAUCUGCAUGAACUAAUUGCAUCUGAAACAAUCGAGUGGCCUCUGAAAUCUAAGAAAUCUGAAGAGGAGAGGUUUUUCUCUGGCGGAUUGCUCUGUGUGUUCCAUGAGUCCCUUUUCCUCUCAGUCUACUCGGCCGCAGGUCCGCGUUAAAGAAGAAAGCGAUCUCCACACAGCAGCCAGCAUCACAUUUAAUCGACAAAGGAAUGCACAGGCGCGAUUUAUAUUCCGGCAGAGUACCGAAACGUCUCCGCCUCACGAACAGGCAGUAACAAACACAAAUGCCCAAACCGACACGCCUCGCUCUUUGCCCCCUCCCCCGGCUCCCCGAAUCAAUAAUCACUUUCUCCAGUCAUGCAGGCGCUUUCUUCCGAAACAUUUCAUUUCUCCGAGUCCAUCAGCGCAGGCAAGACUUCAAGAUGGCCCGCGCACUCACCAUAGCAACAGCCACCGCCAUCCAAUAUUGGCUAUUGUUCGGCGCAGUGCUGCCGUCUGUCGGAACGACAAAUGCCGAUCAACGAGCGAUCAAACUGCUGGACCAGGCGCCUGAUUGGCUGAGACCGUGCAGACUCAAGGACCCGGAGCUGAACUCUUGCGUCAAGGACACUUUCCAGAACAUGUUCCCUGCCCUGGCUAAAGGGAUCCCGGAAAUCCACGUGGAUCGCUUCGAGCCGCUGUACCUGUCCCGUCUGAGCCUGUCCAAGGGCCAUGGACCAGUCACCAUAACCGGAAGUUUCUACGACAUUCUAGCGCACGGGCCGAGCAAAGCGAAAGCUACAUCCGCGGUACUGGACAUGGACAGGCGGGUGUUCGAACUGGGGGUCUUCCUGCCCGAAAUCCGCAUCGAGUCAGACUACAACCUGCAGGGAAAGGUACUCAUCCUCCCGUUGAUAGGCAACGGGCCGGCUAAAGUCAACCUCGACAAUGUGACGACGAGCGUCUCGACGCGGUUCGAACUGAGGCGCCUGCAGGGACGCCAAGUCCUACACAUCGCUGACAUGACAGUGGACUUCGACAUCCAGGGCAUGACGGUCAACUUGGAGAACCUCUUCAACGGGAAUAAGGUGCUGGGUCGCACGUUGAACGCGUUCGUAAAUAAGAACGCGCUGGAGAUCGUGAAGGAGUUGAAGGAUCCUCUGGGGGAAAGUUUCAGCGUCGUUUUCAAGGAUAUCAUGAACAACGCGCUGAGCCACAUGCCAAUCGACCUCUGGCUCCUCGACCAGUGAGCUUUCGUGACGCGCGCUGAACGUCUUCUGAAACGAGUCUUGCU